GCACGUACCAUGAAAGAUGACCUGUGUAUAAUUGAUCAACUGAUUAUAUCUAUUAUCUCUUCAUUCACAGUUAAGUUAUUAUUCACUAUUAGAGUACGUAGUCAUCCCCUGCACUAGGUAUCGAUGCUUGGAGGUUUUCAGCUACUCAAAUAAUCGCUAUCCUUGCUCGUACAAGGCGCAAAGAUGUUAUGUACUAUAACAGGUGUAUUGCAAAGUCGCUUUUUGUCGUCUUAUUGCCAUAACACUUACUGGUAAUAGAUUCCCGUUAUCUCCCUGUGUCAGAUACCAUUGUGUCGGUGAAUCCAAAUCACGACAUCCGCUGCAUUGAAAAAAAUAACCAAAAGACCCCGCGGAGAUUGCAUUGAAGUGCGAAAUAGAAUUGGAUUCGGCGUCCGCAAGACUGUUAUUUUUGUUUGUUUGCCCCAGUGAUUUUUUCGUCUUUAGGUUUUUAACUGUUCUCUUUUUUUUUAUACCAAAUCCAUACUGUCCUAUUGUGAGCAGCAGGUUGUUCAGGCUAUUUGCAUCUUCAAUAUCUCUUGGUAAAAUAAACAACAAAAUGGAUUGUCGAAUUUGUGACACGAUUAAACUGCCAAUAAAAUAUUCAAUUGGCACGAAUGCUAUAAUCGGUCACAAAUCGAAUAAGAAAAUUGAUCAAGAAAGAAAAUUGUUAUGUAGUCGAUCGGAAAAAUUCAAUCAUGGCCUUGACUAGGGAAAUAAUUGAUGACAAUGUUAAUUUGUUGCUAUUCGCGCCCUAAUGCCCUUCUCAUAAUUUCAUAUUUCAGUUUCUCUUGUAUUAUUAGCAUCGUUGAGCUAUAAUAGCAAGUGUGUAAUUUAGAGGAGCAUAUCACAAUUCAUCUGGUCCUCACCUAAAAGUUCUUAUGAAAAUUCUUACUUGGUCAAUAUUAAUUUUUCAGGGUGAUUUGAAAGUUUAGACUACGAUUCUACCACCGCAAAUUCACCGUAAUUCACAUUUUUUUGCGUAGACGAAAAAGUGCGAAAAUUUAUUACUCCACAUCAAAGAAAAAGCACAGCGGAAGUUCUUUACACCAUAUCAUCUGAUGGUUUCUAGCGCUUGACAUGCUUCUCGGUAAGCUAAACGCGCUUAACUCCUUGUGUUCAUCAAUGCUGAUUCUCCUGUCGGUUGCGCUGUGCUGUUUCCCUAUUGCUGACGUUUUGGGGUUCACUAAUGAAAAGGUCUUGAGAAAAGCGAGAUGUUACGCUAACUGUCUGGACCAGGUGCCGCUGAAUGGCACUGAUUGCUCUGGACAAGAAUGUAUGGAAUGUCGCUCUCCUUGUGACAACCCUUUUACAUCACUGGAUAACUGCAUUCAGGGCUGCUCCAAUUCCAGUUCUUGCAUCUUGAGCUGUCGCUUCCUGGACACCAUGUCAAACUGGUCAAGCAUUAUAACAGGGAACGGCGCUUCCAUUUCUCCAUCUGGGUCAGCGGUCGCAAAUAUAAGCAUGUCAAACGCUACUCUUUUGAUAUUGUCAUGGCAACGGCCUGUCAAUAUGACUCGGAGUAGGCCUGUGUAUCUACUCAAGAAGAAAUACAAAAGGAAUAGUGUCACUCGAGAAGUCGAACUGGAACAUAUAUUCACGCAAGCCGAGUCUUCAGUCCCCCUCCAAGAUGUCUGCAAUGGUGUUCCCCGCCUGACAAAUAUGGACACGAUCUCAGACUGCACAUUCACGUUCGUGGUAGUGACACUCACCGCUAAUAGUUCAUUAGCGGAUGCCCCACCUUCUGCAGAUGUUGUUAUGCCAAAGAUUCCGCCAUUAGAGUCAGCGUCUGUAGUGUCCUUCUCGUACGACGAAAGCCACAUUGGAGAUAAAUUGGAGGUCACGAUAAAUGUCACGCCACCCUCAGUCUAUUCUUCUUUCAUCACCGGAUACGCGUUCACAUGGCAGGGACCAGCGGGCACAACACCAAGAAUUUUCGUGGAGAACACGCCCUCGACGAACAUAAGCUUUCAUAUCUAUGAGAAAUUAAAGAACAGCGAGCACACUCUUAGUAUACACUCCAUGUCCAAUUGCGCAAUCAGCGAAGUGAAAAAAUACAAGUACAUCUAUCAAGGUUGCCGUUUUGUGAAUAACUUUGAGCAGAGUCUUUGCUAUACAUUCGAUCCACCGCCUACAAAUGCCAGUGAGAGGGCUGUGGUCAACCUGACGAUAUCACCGUUCAUAGCAUCCUCUGAUUACACCUUCUCCACCCGAGUCACGUGGUCUGCCCCGCCCUACCCGUACGCUAAUGUUACAAGUUAUGAAGUCAAGUAUGGAGACAAGGACAAUGUGCAAUGGGGCUUCUGGUUUCCUUUUUUUAAUAAUGACAUAACUGAAACAGAAAUCACAAUAGCCAACAUCAAGCCUGACAAGACCGUGAUAAAAGUCCAGGUUACUCCGAAUCUACAAUACUUGAUUGGCGGAACUCGAAUAGAAAGGCUCAUUAACUCUCCAGGACUACCCGACCAGGAGCUGUUAAUCCGUUACAUGACUUUAGGGGAGUUCAGGUAUCUUCCAAGCCAAUCCUUUAGCGUGAAUGUCACGUGGGAGGCACCGGUGUUUAACUACAGCACUUUAGAUAACUACACAGUAAAAUAUAAAAAGGACAGUGACGGAGAAGUGACGUUCGUUACGAAUACACCCAGCGCCGAGCUUACCGAACUGGAACACAAAGAACCAUUUACGGUUGAGGUGAAGGCUGUCUACAAACAUAACUGGAUUAAAACCAAUUUUGUGACAGAGAGUUUCACAGCUCCGGCACCAAGCAACGCAGACUUUCUUGUCCGGGGGUUAACUUUGUCGACAUUCGAAGAAGACACAUCCAUCAACGAAUACAGUGUCGUGGCAUCCUGGUCUCCUGGCAACCUACCAACCCUUGGUUACUCCAUAUCAUAUAGCCUGUCAGGGUAUCCUAGCAACACAGUUGACUGUCCUCCACCAAGUGGAGUUAAUAGAACACGCUGUAAAUCUGUUGCCACGAACUCCACGUCAUACUCUCUUUCAGGGAUCCUACCUAGCGAACACGUGACCAUCACCAUAACACCAAUUUUUGUUAACGAAACGUACUUCAAUGGAAAACCAAGUACAAUACGAUCUGAUGCGCCUGCCCCGGAGAGAUACGUGGUGCGCGUACGGAACUUGCGCUAUCUUGGCAACCCGAAGCACGUUGCCGUUGCUGCAAAGGAAAAUAAAACCUUAACAAACGCUACAAAUGAUCCAAGCACUAGUAAUGAAACCCUAGCAAUAAAUCAGACCAACGUGAAUGCAACUAAAGACGAAAACAGCACUGAUAUCUCAGCCAGCAUUUUCGCCUGGGAGCCGCCUUCUUUUCGCCACAGCGCUGCGAGCGCAUACAUCAUCAGAUACGAGAUAAGUUCUGCUAACUCAGGAAAACGCAGCAUCGCUACAGUUCCAGACAAAAGUUCUACUGUCUACGAAAACCGAACGGCUUUUUUAAAUUUCACUGCACCUCAGCUAGAAAUUGGACAGCAAAUCACAUUCGAGGUAACGCCAGUUUUUGAAGCCAGCAUCAUCAUCGGGGACAGAGCAGAAUUAACUAUUUCCAAUCCAAUUGUUCCCUCGAGCAAGUCCGACCACGGUGGCCUAAGUACCUCGGAAAUCGCGUUGCUUUGUACAGGAGUGCUUAUUCUGCUUGCACUCCUAAUUCUCCCGGUACUGUGGUAUGUGCAUAGACGGCGAGAGAUGAUAAGAAAAGGCUUGAGACCAGGCGCAAAUGGGAUGAUGAUUGAUCAGUGGGAGGUACCGUACGAAAAAGUUCUUCUUGAUGAUGAGCUCGGAGAAGGAGCUUUUGGUAAGGUGUUCAAGGGAACGCUGGUUGAGCUACCAGAGCAAUCCUCUAAAUACUCAAUAGCCAAAAGCAUGAGACGCAAAAGCACCAAGUCCCUGAAGCCUGACGACGGGUUUGUGGUGGCCAUCAAGAUGUUACACGAUAUGGCGGAUGAAGACCAGAGGAGCGAGUUCUUGAAGGAAAUUCAGCUGAUGAAAGACGUGGGAUCUCACCGCAACAUCGUCAACAUGCUGGGCUGUUGCACACUGACGGAGCCCAUGUUUCUCAUUGUGGAGUACCUGCCGUACGGAGACCUUCUGCACUACUUGAGAAAGAGAAGGGGAAAGGUCAAAGAGUAUCCUGAAGACGAUCCCCGCGGUCCACUCCAUUCCAAGUAUUGCGACAUGUUUUUCAACAAAAACAAUCCAGAUGGAGCCCAGACAGCAAGUAAUGCACGAGUCUACGUCAACACACCCAUGGAUGCGAACACCAAGAAAGACAAUAGCGGCAUCGAGUUAGUAUCCCUAUACACCGGGGAUAAACCUCAAAGCGAACGGGGGGCAGCUGAGAACGACGGGAUAGAAGACGAAGAGGAGGAUGACGGGAUUUCAUCCGGGGAUCUGAUGGCUUUUGCCUGGCAAGUCGCGCAAGGAAUGGAAUAUCUCGCAAGGCGUGGCUUUGUCCACCGUGAUCUGGCGGCUCGUAAUGUGCUUGUUGGUGAUAACAAAGUGGCCAAGGUGGCGGAUUUCGGUCUGACUCGUCACAUGUACGAGGAUCUGUACCAGGGCAAGACGAGCAGGAAGCUGCCACUCAAAUGGAUGAGCAUCGAGGCCAUCUUUGAUCAGGCUUUCACCUCACAGAGUGAUGUAUGGGCUUAUGGUGUUUUCUUGUGGGAGCUGGUGACGCUAGGCGGGACACCUUACCCGACCAUUGGCAACCGCGAGCUGCUUAAGCUACUGAAGGAAGGCUACCGCAUGGAAAAACCGGACAUGUGCAACGAUGACCUGUAUACAAUCAUGUUAUCCUGUUGGAAAGAUAAGCCGGAGGACAGGCCGACCUUUGAGAAUCUUCGCUCGACCCUCGAGGACCUGAUGAUGCGAGACAACCCGUACUUCGACCCGAGCGCCGUGGACGAAUCACGUGACUACUACAAUGUCCCAUCAUUCAAUAGUGCCCCUGAACCUGACGAAUCAGAUGACGUCAUGGGUGACUUAGUCGUUGCGGAUUCCAACGAAUAUAAAAUCCAGCCACCCGAAUAUUCUCCGAGCCAUUCCGAUCCCAUGGCGGGAUCCCGUUCGGGUGUCGAGAAUAUCGGUUGUGCCGCGAGUGAUGAUGUGCUGCUCGAGGAAGCGAAAACAGAAAAAGACGCACUUGGCUCAGACAAUCCAAACGAUGAGCUGGCUCGUGACCAGAUUUUACCCAGCAACGGUAAUAACGGUAUGGGUGGUCACAGUCAAUGGCCGCCAAAAGGCAUCGCUAAUGAUCGUAAAAGCCUGAAAUAUGCUCAACUGGACUUUGAAGAGAUGGAGUCGCGAAUUUAUCGACACCGAAACCAAGGACCGGUCUUGUAAAAAAAGUGCAUAUACAAAAAAAUGUUUACCCGACAUACAAACCUCAACGAUCCAAUCGCCAUCCUUUUGCGUCCAUCUCCCAAUAAUGCUGUGGGGAGUGGUUCCUUUCUCGGGAUGCAGACUGCGUCUUAUCUAUUCAUGCGAUCAGAUGGUCCGUCAUGACUAUAGUACCAACUCCAUAGGGACUGUGAAGGCGUUCUUUAUACUGUACAACCUCCAUAAAGCUGAUACCAUGGAGACAGUGAAUGCGUUCUUUGUACUGUACAACCUCCAUAAAGCUUACCAUGGAGACUGUAAAGGCGUUCUUUUGACAGUACAACCUCCAUAAAGCUGAUACCAUGGAGACAGUGAAUGCGUUCUUUGUACUUUACAACCUCCAUAAAGCUUAACCAUGGAGACAGUGAAUGCGUUCUUUGUACUGUACAACCUCCAUAAAGCUUAACCAUGGAGACUGUGAAGGCGUUCUUUAUACAGUACAACCUCUAUAAAGCUGAUACCAUGGAGACAGUGAAUGCGUUCUUUAUACAGUACAACCUCUAUAAAGCUGAUACCAUGGAGACAGUGAAUGCGUUCUUUUUACUGUACAACCUCCAUAAAGCAGAUACCAUAGAGACUGUAAAUGCGUUCUUUAUACAGUAUAACCUCCAUAAAGCUAAUACCAUGGAGACAGUGAAUGCGUUCUUUAUACUGUACAACCUCCAUAAAGCUGAUACCAUAGAGACUGUAAAUACGUUCUUUGUACUGUACAACCUCCAUAAAGCUGUACCAUAGGGACUGUAAAUGCGUUCUUUAUAUAGUACAACCUCAAUAAAGCUGAUACCAUGGAGACAGUGAAUGCGUUCUUUGUACUGUACAACCUCCAUAAAGCUGAUACCAUGGAGACUGUGAAUGCGUUCUUUGUACUGUACAACCUCCAUAAAGCUGAUACCAUGGAGACAGUGAAUGCGUUCUUUGUACUGUACAACCUCCAUAAAGCUGAUACCAUGGAGACAGUGAAUGCGUUCUUUGUACUGUACAACCUCCAUAAAGCUUAACCAUGGAGACAGUGAAGGCGUUCUUUGUACUGUACAACCUCCAUAAAGCUUAACCAUGGAGACAGUGAAGGCGUUCUUUGUACUGUACAACCUCCAUAAAGCUGAUACCAUAGAGACUGUAAAUGCGUUAUCUAUACAGUACAACCUCUAUAAAGCUGAUACCAUGGAGACUGUGAAUAAGUUAUUUUUACAGUACAAUCUCCAUAAAGCUGAUACCAUAGACUGUGAACGCCUUAUUUAUACAGUACAACCUCUAUAACAAGUGCAUCAAUCUCCUAAUGGUAGCUUCACGUCAUUCAUUGAUCAAGUAAAACCUUAUUAUUUCCAUUCUCGUAGAUAAUGUACAGAAAAAAUAGGAUUAUGUUCACAAAGAAUAGCUAAAAUCCUAUAUGGAAGAAAUAUAUAUGUCUAUAACUGGCAAUGAUACGGCGCACAACCAUAAAAAACAUUUAUUCAAAUAUAUACUUAAAAAGUAUAUAUCGUCCUCCUUAUUUCAUUGAGUAUCAAGACAUAGCCUGUCAUGUUGUAUCAUAUUAGUCUGUCCGCUUGAUAUUUCAUAAAACAUUGAAGCUUAUAGCUCACAAUCAUUGCCUCAUUGCCUCAUUGUAUAAAUGAGAAAAUCAAUUAAACAAAUCAAGGACACUGUA